GGCAGCGCCGGCCGAGGGGCGCCUGCGAUUGUUCUCAACACCCCUCUCCCCCACCCGUGUGUCUGUUUGUCACUUGCAGCUGAAGAUGGAAAGAGCCAGGCGAAGGGGAGGCGGCGGCGGUCGCGGCCGCGGAGGCAAGAAUGUAGGGGGCUCUGGCCUAAGCAAGAGUAGACUCUAUCCCCAGGCCCAGCACUCCCAUUACCCCCACUACGGGGCUUCAGCCGCCCCUAAUCAGGCUGGAGGCGCCACCGAAAUCCAGGAGCUGGCCUCCAAGCGAGUGGAUAUCCAGAAGAAGAGGUUUUACCUGGACGUGAAGCAGAGCUCCCGGGGCCGGUUCCUAAAGAUAGCCGAAGUCUGGAUAGGGAGAGGCCGGCAGGACAAUAUCAGAAAGAGUAAACUGACCCUCUCCCUGUCGGUGGCCGCGGAGCUGAAGGACUGUCUAGGGGACUUCAUCGAGCACUACGCCCACCUGGGCCUGAAAGGCCACCGGCAGGAGCAGGGCCACGGCAAAGAGCAAAGCUCCAGGAGAAGACAGAAGCACGCGGCCCCCUCCCCACCUGUCUCGGUGGGGUCUGAAGAACACCCCCACAGUGUCCUCAAGACGGACUAUAUAGAAAGGGACAAUAGGAAAUACUACCUAGACCUAAAGGAAAAUCAGCGGGGCCGCUUCCUGAGGAUUAGGCAAACCAUGAUGCGGGGCACUGGCAUGAUAGGUUAUUUUGGCCACACUUUGGGCCAGGAACAGACCAUUGUCCUCCCAGCACAAGGCAUGAUUGAGUUCCGUGAUGCCUUGGUUCAGCUAAUUGAAGACUAUGGCGAAGGGGACAUAGAAGAACGAAGAGGCGGAGACGAUGACCCGGUGGAACUCCCAGAGGGGACUUCUUUCAGAGUGGACAAUAAAAGGUUCUACUUUGAUGUGGGCUCUAAUAAAUAUGGCAUUUUCCUGAAGCUCACAAUUUGCCCUAAAUCCAGAGAGAAUAUCAACCCUUUUCACUGUUGUCAAAUCGAGCAUAAGGAACAGCCCCAUGACACCACAAACACGGUUGAGGAAUCAGGGAUAAGUCUCUUAUGUCACACUCCAGAAUAAAGACAUUCGGUGAAAGAAAUGAACCAAAGUUCAUCACGAAUGCAAAGCUUCUGUACUUGACAUUGCUCCACAGAAGGGAAGACAAGUAUCAAUGCCACUGGCGCCAUUUGCAAACUGACUUGGUGUGGAAUACCUUCCACCACACUGGAUUCUAUCAGGUCUUUGUUCUCUUUUUUAAUUAAUCAAACCUUUCAGUUUUCAAACUGCCAUUUGUCAGCUUUGAGGUCGAGAAACAGAAAGAUUUGAAAAUACUUUCUUAAGAGAUCAUGUAACUAUAUAACUCUGAAUUUAAAAAUUGAGGACGGGUGGAUCAUUUCAACCCACUGCCUCUUACAGGAAACAUUUUUUUAAAUCUGUGACUGCUUUAGUGUUAACAGGGUACAAGGUGUUUUUUGUCCUGUAUUGUAUUUAAAAGGUUCUCAUUGAUUGGUGGUUGUAUUGUACUGUAUAAAAACAAAUCAUAAAUUGCCUUGUAUUGUUUAUAAUAGACCAUAUCAUGUACUACUUCAGUUUUCACGUUCCAAGUUUCUCAUUGAUGCAUGUUAACAGUUAGGUCCUAAAAUUCUGUGGUGCUAAUUCUUCCAUACCCAAUGGUGCUCUCGUGGAUGCUAACUGCAUACAUGCUAAACGAAGCUUGAAGUUUAAAACGUUCCUCCCAUCCUCUGUUUAUAUGAAGUAAAAUAAAAUCACUUGAAUUUGUCUCAAAGUAUCACUGACAAUCUAAUAAACUGGUUUAUAUGUGUGAUUACUUUGGAUUCUUAAUUAUUUUUCAGAAAGCAGCUCACUUGCAGUGGGCCCUCAUAUUGUAUCAUGUAUUUAUUUAGUUAUUUGUGCCCCCAAAAUUUGUGGUAUCUUUAGGAAUUUAAAUCCAGUUGACCUGGCUUCUAAAAUCAAGUUUGUUUAGGUGGGAUCUAUAAAAACUGGACCUGUAUACUGACAAUUUAAGUGUAAGUUCCACUCCAUAUGUAUGAAAAUAGUGACAAAAACAUUUAAGCUGGAGUUUUUUGGGAGAAGCUGACAUCAUAUAGGAAAGCUUAUGCAACCGCUUUGUUGGACUUUUGAGCAUCUGCACUAAGAAUUGCAGCAUUGGGACAAGCGAAGGUGCUAAUGUCUUCGUGAGAGCAAAGGUCUGUUUCUCCUAAGGCAGAGAUAAAGUCAGUAUUGAGGCCGUGUGCAAAAAAAAUUGUAUUCCAAACUUAGUGUUUUGCUUGAUCAUGGGUAACUUUAAAUUAUAAAAAAAUAAAGUCCAAAGUGUCAUUUAGUAAAGCCCCUGGAAUAGCAAACAUUUAUCUUAAAAUAGUUGAUGGAACCCCAAUCUAAUGCGUCCCUGAAAUGACAUUCAUAAAUUCCAAUGAUGCUUUAUUAUAUAAAGAGCUUAAGUACGGUAAUUACCUCGAGUAGUUAUUAAAUAUUGCCUAAAUUCUGCUACCCGAAAAUGACGUUUGGAGAAUAGAGCCAGUGAGAACACUGGGCUUGAUUCUUUGCGACUAUCUUGAAUGAAUGCAGAAUUUACUAAAUGACAGCCACUCCCCAAAGAUGGAGUCCCCGGGCGGUGUAAACAGUUAACACACUUGGCUGCUAACUGAAAGGUUGGAGGUUCAAGUCCACCCAGAGGCGCCUUUGUUUCUUCAAAGUUUCCCCAAAAGUCCUUGGGGAAAAAAAAAAAAAGGUCAGCCAUUGAAAAUCCUGUGGAGCCCAGUUUUACUCUGACACAUGUGCUGUCGCCAGGAGUCAGGGUCUACUCAGUGGCAACUGGUUUUCCCAAAGAUACUUCUACUAUAUAUUUUUGUAACUACUUUUACAGCAUUUCAUUUUGUGAAAACUAGUGAAUAAUAAACAUGCUGCAAAAUAAUUCCAGGUUUUCUUUAAUGAACAAAAGAGUCUAUGAACAUUUUAGAAGAACUUCAUUCCUGUGGAGAUAUCUCGCCUGUGAGAAGAAAAACUCAUUCUAAUUUUAUGGAAAGAUGAGAGAAUAAAUGACUUGCUUUUUGGAAAGAGAAAUCUUUUUAAUCUACAUGAAAACAUCUCUAAUUUUUACUCCCACAGUCAACCAGACUUAUGUAUUAUCGUUCGUAAUAUUUUUCCCAUCUAAAAAAUUAUUCUCACAACAUUUUUCUAUUAGCUUAUUCUGUAUGAAAUUGUUUCUUAUACAGACCUAAAUAAAAUGAGUGCACUUUGAAA